AUGUCGGAUCCAGUCGCCGAUUUUUUGGCUCGUGAGCAGAAUUUGUUUGCUGAUUUUGAUGGAGCUCCACCAGCAGAUGCUCCAGCUGAUCCAGCCGCCGCCGGAUUGGAUGACGACUUUGGAGAUCUUCAAAUCGCUGGAGAUCUGGAACCACAACCACCAGUUGUGCACCCAACUGAUUCUGGCGUCGAUUUGGAUGGGCUUGUCGAUGACAACGCUGCGCCAAUCGUCGUCGAUCCACCAAUGUUGAACGGAAAUCAUGGAGCGCCUUCGGGUGGAAGCUCCACGGGACCAUCGCCAGUGCUCUCGACAGUGCCCAGAAUCGAAGCGGAGAAGAUUCGGGCGUGGAAAGCGCAGCAAGAGCAAUUGUUGGCGCAAAAGGAUGCUGCUGAGGAGAAGAAGAAGGACGAGCUUCGUGCCAACGCCAAAAAGGAGCUGGAAGAGUGGUACAAGCAGCGCGAGAAGACUCUUCAGUUGUCGCACGAUGAGAAUUUGAAAAACGAGAAAGCCAACCAAGAGCUGUUCGCCAAGCAACAAGACGGAGACGCCCAGUGGGAGACUGUGAACAAGCUCGUCGAGCAGCAAAAGUCGAAGAGUGGAAGAGAUUUGAGUCGUCUGAAGACGCUGCUCGCCGGUCUCAAACACGCCCAAUAA